AUGUCCUCGGCUGAGGAAUGGGACUCCUUCGCCCGCGCCACCCGGAACAUCUUCCUCGAUAGCCCCACAAAGACUCGCUUCUGCAUGAAGUACCGCAGGAGUGAUUGCCUGCUCAAGGCCAAAGUGACGAAUGACGUCUCUCCCUCGAUUGCAUUCAGCCGACUCGGGGUCUCGGUGUUUGCUGUGGCUGAUCAUGUCACACUUGCUGCCUCUACUGCCUUUGCGGCUUCUGCUUCUGCUGCUUCUGCUGCUGCUCAGUGCGUGAAGUACAGGGCCCGCUCUGUCUCUGAGGUGACCCAGCUGGAGCGGCUCGCCGCGGCCUUCAUGUUUUGGGCAUCUCACCCCAAACACCAACUGGGGGAUGCUGACUUGUCUUUGGAAGGGAUUACUCGAGGCAAGAAAGCUGCAGCUUAA